UUUACCAAGUAUGUUUGAGUAACAUUAAUCCACCGUCUUUCUUGAAUUAAACACUCUAUCACAUUAACAAUUUAACAUAUUGUAAAUUUACUAUUUGAAUAAUUAAUAUAUUAUUAACUUUUUUGUAUGUGUUGAUAAUAACAUAAUAAGGAAACAGCAUCAUGGAGGGAUGUGGAAUGACAACAAUCAAAUAUUUACUUUUCAUCUUCAACUUUAUUUUUUCGAUUACUGGAAUUAUUUUAAUUGUGGUAGGAAUAGUUGUUGUUGUCAAAUCAAAUGAAUUGAAUCAAUUUUCCGAUGACAAAAUGUUAGCUACAGCAGUGGUAUUGAUCAUUACUGGAUUUAUCAUUUUCUUCAUCGCUUUCUUAGGGUGUUGGGGAGCUAUCAGAGAAAGUUCCUGUUUACUUAUAGCGUUUGGUAUAGCCUUAAUUUUAAUCUUCAUAGUCGAGAUGGCAAUCGGAAUAGCGAGUGCUGUUUUGAAAGAUACAUUAAGCGAUACAUUAAAAACUGGGUUAAAAAGUUCGUUAAAUGAUUACACCAAGGACGAAGUUAAAAAAAAUUGGGAUAAUUUUCAAACAGAGUUAAAAUGCUGUGGGGUAGAUUCUGCAGAUGAUUGGAAUGGUGUUUUAGCAGAAGAUACAUAUCCAGUAUCAUGUUGUGAUGGGAUUGACCCAUGUCUAAAAGUUAAUACUCAUAAAGAUGGUUGUUUGAAAAUAUUGGUGAAAAAUCUUCAUAGUAAUUCUAAAUUAUUAAUUGGUAUUGGAAUUGGAAUAGCAUUUAUUGAAGUUGCUGGUAUAAUAUUAGCUUGUUGUCUAGCUUCAGCUAUAAAAAAGCAAAAAGGAGAUGAACAGUGA